GGAUGUUCACUCGCGAUCAUUGUGUUUGAUGGUUCACCUUGGGCAGGCUUUCAGCGCACUUUUGGUAGCGCAGCAACACGUUGGAGAAUACAACAGGGUCGCGUCGGACCAUAAUAUCAUUGCGCAAGUCAGAGACACGGCUUCGAUUGACAUUAUGAACAUCAGAAUCCUAGACAUAUUGUAGCUACAUGGCUUUCUAACAGUGAUCUCCGAGAAGUUUGCGUUUGUGUCUUGAGUCGACGAUCACAUUAUCAUAGCAUACAUACCCCGUAAAUAACGUCGCGC